AUGAGUGUAUUAAAAUAUAUAAGAAAAAAUUUGUAUAUUCUCUUUUUCUUAUAUAUUUUGUGUAUAUACUCAAGAUGCUUGUGUAAUAUUAGUCUUCAUCCAUCGCUAGCCGAUUUUUUUGUAGAAACAUUUCGAGAUAAUAUUUUUAUAUCGACAAAUAAUGUUAUAAAUAAAAAGUUAAUUAAUCUUGAAUGUUCUAGUGAUGAUUUAUUAGAAUGUCACAAUAUAAACAAGGAAGAAAAGCAUGAAACGAAUGAAACGAAUGAAACGAAUGAAACGAAUGAAACGAAUGAAGCAAAUAUAAAUGUAAAUAUAAAUGUAGAUACAAAUACUUAUAAAUAUAAUUAUUACGAUGAAAUAGAUAUACAUAAUAAAGAAAGUGCAAAUAAAUUUCAUAUAAAAGAAAACCAUAAAAAAUAUGUUUAUAUGUAUGAUGAAUACCAAGAUAUUAAAUACAGUUAUUUACAUACAAACCCCUUUUAUAAAAUUACAAAAAAAAAUAUAGAAAACAAAAAAGAAAGUGAACGAGAUAUAUAUAAAAAAGAUAUAGAAAAAAAAAAACAUGAGAAUAUAUUUUAUAAAAUAUUUUCAUCUUUUAUAAAUAUUAUAUUUCCUAUUUUUAAAAGAAAAGAAAAAAAUGAAAUUACAAAUAUUCAAAAUAAAUGGUAUUCACCUUAUAUUAUUGAUUAUAAAAAAACAAAUAUUUUAUAUAAUACACAUAAUUCAUCUAAUAAUUAUUAUGCUGAUAAAAAAAAUAAUAAAGUUAAAGGAUUAAGUUUAUCUGAGCAUAUAGGAAAUGCUAACGACGCAUCUGUGUUAUUACCUUUAUCACUUGCAAUAGAAGAAUUAAAAUUUAAUAAAAUAUUUAAACAUGUAUGGGAGGGAACAUAUAAAAAUACAGUUUUUUUAGAAAACACAGGAUCAUUAUCUAGUCACCAUAAUGAGAAAAAAAAUAAUUUUAAUAGUAUAAAAAUUACUUAUAAUGACACUAUUAAAGAUGUCAAGGCUCUUCAAGAACAGGAACAGGUGUUAUUAAAACGUGGAACGAACAAUAUGAAAGGGAAUACAAGAGAAAUGAAAAAGGAAAAUAUAAAACAAACAGAACAUACAACUAUGACCAUAAACAAAGCAGAUGUCAUCAACAUAAGAAGUGAUAACAACACAAGAAGUGAUAACAACACAAGAAGUGAUAACAACACAAGAAGUGAUAACAACACAAGAAGUGAUAACAACACAAGAAGUGAUAACAACACAAGAAGUGAUAACAACACAAGAAGUGAUAACAACACAAGAAGUGAUAACAAUAUAAAUAACAAUUAUCAUUUUAGUCAUUAUGAUAAUUAUGAUUAUCUUCAUGCUUCGGAUUCAUCACAUAAUCAUCAUAUUCAUCAGGGGGCGAAAAAAUUAAAACAUUUCUUAGACUACAAAAAGAACUCACUGCUUUUAAAAUAUAUUAAAAAAUCGAAUAGACAAAAUGAAUAUUUUAAUAUUUUAAAAGUACUAGAAAACGAUGUGCCUUUAGAGAGUGCUAGUAAUAUUUUAGAGUCCUUAGAUAUAAAAGAAGAAAAUAAUUUUGAAGAAAUAUUUAAAAAUAAUAAAAAUGUAAAUGUAGGUAUAUGUACUAGACAUACAUUAAAAGAAAUGAGAAAAUCGCUUUUUUUGUUUUUUCUUAUAUUUAAUAGAAUAAUAGAAAAAAAAAAAAAAAAACUUGAUUUAAUUUUAUUAAACAAGAAAUAUAAAACACAUGAUAAUUUAAAAAAUAAAUAUGGAUAUACUUCAAAGUAUACAUAUGGAUGUAUUUUUUUAAGAUCAAUAAAGAAUUCAGAAAUGGUUAUAUCUCUAAGAAAUAAUAAACAUAUGAAAUGUUCUUGUAAUAAUGAAUAUGAUAAUAAAAAUAAUAAUAUUUAUAUUGAUAAUUAUAAAAAGAAUGAUAAUAAUAUAAACACUUUAUCUCAUAAUAAACAUAUAAAGGAAUAUUGUAACAGUGAUAGUGAUUAUAACUCAUGUAAUAAUAAAUAUUUAUAUAAUCUUUAUGAAAAGAAAAAUAAUUCAUGUUCUUGUUCUAAUAAUCAAGAUGAUAAGAAUGAUAUAAAGGUGACAGAUGAGGAAAUAUAUAAAGAAUGGAAAGAAAUGAAUAAGACAUAUAAAAAAAGAAGAGACAAUAAUAUGAAGAUAUUUAUGUUCUCUACAAAUAUGUUAAAUAAAGUUAAUAGAUAUAAAGAUUUUAAUUAUUAUAAAAAUAUUUAUAAAAUACAUGUAGAUUAUAACGGUGUAUGUAAUCAUAUAAUUUUUAAAUAUAAAUAUAAUAAAAGUAAAUUUCUAGAUUUCAUAUUUAAUACAAAUAUUUGUUAUAAUAAUAAUUAUAGAAAUGAUAAUAUACAUCUCAGUUAUUCUAACUGUAAUGCAAAAACAAAUAUUAUUUUGAGUGGUUCAUGGGUCUAUGGAAUGUCCAAGAAAAAUGACUUAUCUGAUCAUUUUUUGAAUAAAAAGAAAAAAGAAAAAAAAAAAAAAAAAAAAAGUACUAAUGAUAAUAAAAAGAAUGAUAUGUAUGUUAAAGGGAGAUCAUCCCCAUAUGAUAAUUCGUAUGUGAAUAAUGUGAAUGUAGAAAAUAUGAGUGGUGUCGAUGAUAUAAAUGAUAUGAAUGAUAUGAAUGAUAUGAAUGAUAUAAAUGAUAUGAAUGAUAUAAAUGAUAUGAAUGAUAUGAAUGAUAUAGAUGAUGCCAAUCAUAUGAGUAAUAAUAUUCAUUAUAACGAUAAUAUUCUUAACGAUGAUGAUAUGAAUUACAAUUAUGAUAUUGACAGUGUGAACAACAACGAUGCUACUAAAAAUAAUAAUAGUAGUAAUAGUAAUAAUAGUAAUAGUAAUAAUAGUAAUAAUCAUCAUCAUAAUAAUAUUCUCAAUGGUGAUAAUAAGGAAUAUACUAACAACGAAUAUAAAAAAUACUGGAGUAGUAACUCUAUACCUAAUAAUUUUUAUUAUGAUAAGAAUAAUAAGAACUUAUCUAAUGAAAUAAAAGAUGAGAAAGGGAAUAUAUAUUGGAAUGAACAAGUAUUAAAUUAUAGAAUAUCAUCCUUACAUCGAUAUAAAAGGAUGAAGAUAUUAAAUUUUAAAAGUAAAAUAAGUGAAGAGAAAAAUGUAUAUUCUUAUUUAAUUAAUAAUACAAUAAAAAAUAGUGAUGAUAUAUUAUUAUUAUCUAAAAAAGGAAUUAUUGAAUUUAAAAACCCUAUUGUUUUAAAUGAACUUUUGAUAGGUUUUUCUUCUAAUCCUAUAUAUGAAUAUAUAUGUAAAAAAAAAAAUAAUAAAUCUAUAAUAAGUUCAGAUAUUAAUAUAUUUAAUAAUAAUAUGAAAGAUAAAAAAAAUGAUAAUUUUAGUUUAGAUGAAUUUAUGAAUAAAAUAUCUUGUGGAUAUAAUAAACCACAAUAUUUUUAUAUUUUUUUUCAUUUCUAUUUAAAUAAUACUAAAAAAUAUAAUAUUGUCUUAGAGAUACAUGUAGAUUAUUUUAAAAAAUUUAAAGAAAAUAAAGAUAUUCCUUUUCAAUAUGUUAAUGUAUUAAAUUAUUUAAGAGGAAAUAUACAUUAUUAUAGAAUUAAUAAGAUACACAUUGAAUAUUCUCUCUCACCUUUUAUAUAUAAAAAUGAAUAUUUUGAUCAUACAAUUAUGCCUUUCUAUAUAUCUAUAAAUAGCUUAAUAGUAAAUGAAACUCGUAAGGUUUAUAAUUAUGUACCCAUAUUUUUUACUUCAAAAAUUAACUUUCUACAAGUUAUUAAUAGAAAUAUGAAAAAUAUUAGAACUGCCCAUAAUAUAAAUGAACAAAAUAAUAAAAGGGGUCACAAAAAAUAUGUAUCUGAUCAAAAUGAGAUUAAUAUGAACACUACAGGUGCAAAUUAUUCUAACAAGGAAUAUUAUGAAAGAAAAAAAAAAAUGAGCAACAAUGAUAGUAAUACUAGUGCUAGUGAUAGUGAUAGUAGGAGAAGGGCAACAUCAACCACAUCGACAUCAUCCACAUCAACUACAUCAACAUCAUCCACAUCAACUACAUCAACAUCAUCCACAUCAUCUUCAACAAAUGAUAUACUGGGAAGUAAAAAUAAUAUAAACGAGGAGACAUCAGAAAAACAUUUGAAUACUAACAUGUUUAAUAAAGUAUUCAAAUAUUUUUUAUCAAAAGAAAAUGAAGACCAAGAGGAAGAAGAAGAAGAGGAAGAAAGAAAAAAUAGCGAUUUAAAAUUAAAAAAGAAAGAAGAUUAUUCUUAUUAUAUAUGGAAGAAAAAUAAUAAAAGAAAAAAUAAAAAUAUGAAUCCAUCUUAUAUUAACUUUGAUUCCUUUUCUUUUUUUACAUCUAUAAGUGAAUCCAUUUUUUUAAAGCAUGUGAUACAAUAUGUAUGUAUGACAGAUAAGUGUAUAUAUGAACAAAAUGCAAAUAAUAACACAGUGAAGAAUAAAGAGAAAAAAAUAAGAAAUAAUAAAUAUGUAAAUGAUAUGUCUUAUAACAAUGAUAUGUAUGAUAUAUAUAAUAAAAAGGAUUUAUAUUUUGAUAAUAUUAAUAAUAUGUUUUAUAAACCAUAUAAUACAAAUAUUAUUUAUCACGAUGAUAUACUUCUUAUAAAACCAAUAUUUAAUAUAUCUAAUAAAAAGAAAAGUAUAAUAAAAGAAGAAAUAAAAGAAUUAAGUAGUAUAGAAAAAGAUUAUUUACAAUUUUUAAAGAAUAAUUUAUCUAAAUAUAUAAGAGAUCAUAAAAAUGAUAUUAUUGCAUAUAAUAUGACUAAUGUAUAUAAUUUUGAAUAUAUAAAAAAUAUGUAUAUAAUCCCACCAUAUAAUAAAGGAAUAUUAAUAAAUAUUGAAAAAGAACAUGAACAAAUAUAUUUAGAUAUAUAUAAUAAUCUAUCUUAUUUAAAAUAUGAAGGUAUAAAUGAAAAAUUAUAUUAUAAUACAAAAAAAGAAUUAGAUAUCAUAUAUAUUUAUGCAGCAUUCUUACCAUUAGAAAGUGAUUUAUUCCACUUUAAUUAUUUAUCACAAAAUAAUUUAACAUUAAAUAAAAUAGACAAACAACAUUAUAAAAUUAUUUUUAAAAAUGUUAUACCAUUUACAAAGUAUGAUGAUUUCUAUAACAUACAACAAAUACAUCCAAAAGAACUUAUAGAUAUAAAUUCUUUAAACCUAAAAAGUAAUUCGUUUCCAACAGAUCUAAUGAAUCUAAAUCUUGAUGAUAAUGUUUAUAAAACAAAAAUAUUGGAAUUCAUACAAAAUAAGCUUAAAACAGCUUUACAAAUGAAUUCAGAGGAUACAAAAAAAUAA